AUGUCACGCGUCGGCUUCUUCCUGUUUGCCCUCUUCGCGUCUGUCCUCCUGGUACUCGCCGCUCCGGUACCCGUACAAGACGGUGAACUGGUCGACCUCGAAAAGCGCCUCACCCGCGUCGGAAGGGGUACCUGGUACUAUCCCGGCCUUGGUAACUGUGGUAAACGGAACGGCGACAACGACCUCGUAGUCGCCAUUGGAAAGGGCCUGUACGACCGCAACAAAGGCAGUAACUGCGAUCAGUGGAUGGAGAUCGUCAACACAGCAAACGGCAAGAAAGCGUACGGCAUGACUCGAGACAGCUGCCAGUCGUGCGGUGACAACGACGUCGACAUGUCCCCGGCGCUCUUCAAGAAGAUAUCGACGCUUGACACUGGCAAGAUUACUGUCUCCUGGCACUUCAUGAACAGGUCAUGGAAGCCUUGA